AUGGCACCAGCGACUCACUCGGAAAAGGCUGCGUUGUUCUCCCAGCUGCGGACACUCGCCGUCAGCUACCCACUGCAGCUCGUUGCUGCCUUUAUCGUUCUUCGCCUGUUCUGGAACAAGUUUCAACGGCACCUGGUAUCGAUUCCAGGGCCGCCGGUGGCCGCCUACACCAAGUUCUGGAGACUGUACGACGUCUGGAAGGGAAAGGCGCACCUGACCGCAGUAGAGCUGCAUCGAAAGUACGGCACUCUGGUCCGCAUCGCGCCGAACCAUGUCUCCAUCGCCGACCCGGCCUACAUCCCCGUCAUCUACAACAUCAAGGAGAACUUUACAAAGUCGGCAUUCUACCCCAUCCAAUGCGUGUCGUGGAAGAAGAAGCCCGAGAUGAACCUGUUCUCGACGCGAGACCCGCACUACCACAGAGUGGAGAAACGCAAGGUCGGCGCCGCGUACAGUCUGCCCAACCUUCUCGAGUCGGAAGAGGCGAUCGACUCGUGCAUCGCGCUGUUCAUGCAGAAGCUCGACGAGUUCGCGAAGAUCCGAAAACCCGUCGACCUGGGUGCCUGGCUGCAGUACUUUGCGUUUGACGUCGUCGGCGAGGUCACGUUCGCGAGCAAACUGGGCUUCUUGGACCAAGGACGGGACGUGGACGGCAUGAUGAAGGCGAUCGAAGGCAUGCUCACCUACGCUGCUCUGUGCGGGCAGGUGCCCGAGUACCACAAGUACCUUUUGGGCAACCCGUUGUUUUCCAUGUUGAUGCCGGCCAUGGAAACGUGGAAUCAGGUGCUCGUUUUCACGCUCAAGGCGAUCAACGGACGGGCGUCGAUCAAGCGGGACGGAGAACUCAUCAACGCCGACGUCGAGGGCCGAGAUAUGCUCUCUAGAUGGGCGUACGUCAAGUCCUCGGAUCCGCUGAAGAUGAGUACCCGGGACAUCAUUGUCCACUUGUCGACAAACGUCUUCGCAGGGAGCGACACCACGGCAAUCGCGCUUCGAGCAGUGAUUUACUACCUGUGCCGCAACCCAAAAUGUAUGGCCAGGGUGGUCGAAGAGAUCGACGCGGCCGACAAGGCAGGCAAACUGAGCACGCCCAUCAAGUACAAGGAGUCCACGAAUGACCUGCCGUAUUACAACGCCGUGUUGAAGGAAUCCAUGCGCAUCCACCCGUCGGUCGGGUUGCUGAUGGAACGCCACGUCCCUGCCGAGGGCAUCGAGAUCGACGGUCACUUCAUCCCCGGCGGCACCAUCGUCGGCAUCAACCCGUGGGUGACGAAUCGAGAUCCCGCCGUGUUCCCUGACCCGGACGAAUUCAAACCCGAGCGGUGGCUGGAAGCCUCCGAGGCACAGCUGAAGCAGAUGGACAACAUUCUCGAAUUGAACUUUGGCGGAGGGAGCAGGAAGUGCAUUGGUCGGAAUAUCUCAAUGAUCGAAAUGCAAAAAGUCGUCCCACAAUUACUCCGAGAGUUUAGGGUGGAAUUGACUCAUCCAGAGAAGGAAUGGCAUAUUUGUAACCAUUGGUUCGUACAGCAGGAAGGCGUGAUUUGUACCCUGAUGAGACGGACAACGGGUUGA